AAGACGACACUCAAACCUCAAAAGCGAUUCCCUUUUCCUUUUCGUUUUCGUUCGUUGGGUUCGAGCUCAGUAAAAAGCUCAGAGCACCGAGUUAGGGUUUCCAAAUUGAACAAAUUGGUUCCGCAGCUGAAUUAAUUGUUCGAAUCACCGAACCAGAUAGAUAGAUAAACAAUUACACCAUCCAUUUACUGUCAAAUGUCGAUAUCUAAAUAUUCGAGAAAUUCACUGCUUCAUUGUUUGUUUCGCCUGCUGAGCAUCACCAUCCCCUUGAUAAAUCAUGCAGAAUUCUUCUGUUGCUGUCUCUUACUAUUUUUACAAUAUAAUGACCCCUUAAUUGAAAAUCAUUGACUUUGCAAGUCCUCGAAUCCAUACCUCAUGGCACAGAUUCUUUCGAAAUUCUUACCCUGCAACUUCGUUUGGCCUCUCAUGUUGUUUCCACCUUUCCAUAUCUGUAUUCUUUCUUCUGGGCCUCUGUGCUUUCUUCACAGUUGCCUUGCAAGCUUUUCUUUCUAGAUAUAUAAGAUGCCGAAAACAAGGACAAAUGUUUCUGGGGAUGCAUCUGAAAGGCUUGUAGAAUCUGACGAGCGGGUGGAUCUGGAGGGAGACAAUGAUCCCGAGGAAACAAUAGAAGAGGAGGUUGAGUAUGAAGAAGUAGAGGAGGAGGAGGAAGUCGAGGUGGAAGAAGAGGAGGAAGAGGAAGAAGAAGAUCCUGAAGAGGAGGGUGAGGAAGAGGAUGACAACAAGCGACCUGCUACAAAAUCUAAUGCACAGAAAAGCUCAGAUGGUGAUGAAGAGAUGAUUGUUGCUGAUGCGGAGGACGAGGAGGAGAAAAGGAAGCAUGUUGAGCUUCUUGCUCGUCCUCCGCAUGGGUCAGAGGUGUAUCUUGGUGGCAUUCCUCAUGAUGCAUCCGAAGUGGAUUUGAGGGGAUUUUGUGAAUCUAUUGGGGAAGUGACUGAGGUUAGAAUAAUGAAGGGAAAAGAUUCUGGUGAGGCCAAAGGCUAUGCUUUUGUAACCUUCAGAAACAAAGAAUUGGCCUCUAAGGCAAUUGAGGAACUGAAUAAUUCGGAGUUAAAGGGAAAAAGGAUUAAAUGUUCGACAUCUCAAGCAAAGCAUCGGUUGUUCAUCGGAAAUGUUCCAAGAAGUUGGGGAGAGGAAGAUAUGAAGAAGGCUGUAACAGAUAUUGGACCAGGAGUCAUUUCUGUGGAAUUGUUGAAGGACCCACAGAACUCCAGCCGAAAUCGGGGAUUUGCGUUCAUCGAGUAUUAUAAUCAUGCCUGUGCAGAAUACUCAAGACAAAAGAUGUCAACCCCAAAAUUUAAGCUUGACACCAAUGCUCCAACUGUUAGCUGGGCUGAUCCUAGAAAUACAGAAUCCUCUGCUGCUUCUCAGGUUAGGGCAGUGUAUGUCAAGAAUUUACCAAAAGACAUUACUCAGGAUCAGCUGAAGGAUCUGUUUGAACAUCAUGGAAAGAUCACAAAGGUGGUUCUCCCACCUGCAAAAGCGGGACAGGAAAAGAGCAGAUUUGGUUUUGUGCACUUUGCGGAAAGGGCAUGUGCCAUGAAGGCAUUGAAGAACACUGAAAAAUAUGAAAUUGAUGGUCAAGUUUUGGAGUGUUCUCUUGCAAAACCACAAUCAGAUCAGAAGUCUUCUGGAUCAUCAACUCAACAACGGUCAGCCUUACUUCCGACCUACCCACCACGUUUUGGUUAUGGCAUGGUAGGGGGUAGUCCUUAUGGUGGUGGCUUAGGUGCUGGAUAUGGUGGUCCGGGAAUUGCGCAACCACUGAUAUACGGUAGGGGACCAACUCCUGCUGGCAUGGCAAUGAUGCCUAUGCUUUUACCUGACGGAAGGAUUGGAUAUGUCCUGCAACAGCCGGGAGUACAACCACAGAUGCCUCCACUGCAAUCCCGAGGUGGAAGAAGUGGUGGUGGUGGCAGCUCAAGUGGUGGAAGGCAAAGCGGUGAGAGCAGUCGUGGCCGCAUUCGCUACAACCCGUAUUAAUUUGUGAGUUCUGGCUCUUGUUUCGAGAAAACGGAACGAAGAUGGCAUCUUGGAUUGACAAUCAGUACUUUGGGCGUAUGAAGGAGUGCACACAUUUGUGGUUGUGCAGUUGGUUUUAAGUUACAAAAUCAAAUGUAGUUUGAUUCAUGCCGAUGCCCGUGUAGUAUGCUUAAACUAAAACAAGGUUUAGUUAAACUAUGAAUUUUGUGCCGUUGAAUUU